AUGACCUCGAUUUCGCUUGAAGCGGCUAUCCAGCAGUCCGACGACGACGCGUCCAAUUCACACCUCUACAAACUUAUCUCUGCACGCGACUUCAGUGGACCGACUCUUCCUUCCGUUGCAGAAAACUAUCUCGAGACUUUUUGCAAUACCAAUUUGUCCGUCGUACGGCGGCGAUGGAUUGGCAUCGCGCUUGCAGGCAUGCUGGAAAAGCCAAAGGUGGCUGCACACUUUACAAGGUCACACCUAUUACACAACUUGGGUGCCAUCGUCUUGAGCGGUACGGAACAAGAGCAGACUAAGAUUGUCACUGGAAUUAUCAUACGGCAGGCAUUGGAGCAAGGCAUCGAAUACAGUAGCUUCUGGUCAUCGGAGAAGGUCAGACACGGCGCGCCAACUUUUCCGCUCAAAGCCGAUGCGAGAUGGAUGCAUAACUUUCAAAUCUCUCUCGACGCUCUGAGCGAUCUGGCACUCACGAAACCGACUAGUGAGCCAUCAAUCACGUACUUAGUCUCGCUCCUCGCCUCGGAUGAAUUCAGAUGGCGGGAGUCAACCACCGCUUUCCCUGUUGCCCUUAUCGAGGGCGAAGUGAUGACCAUCAUCGCGCCUGACGAGUACCUCAAAGAGUGCCAUUUUGUAGAGAUACCAAUCGAGCACAUCUUGAGCACACGUUUAGAGCCAUCGACACUGCACGAUUCGCAGACACAACAUACAGAGCACGAACCGUGGGACCUCAUCAUGACACUCAAAUCAAACCCAUGGAGCUACCGUCUGAACUCCGCCCAACGCGUCGCGACUGACAUGUCGCUGAUGUUCAAACAUUCGGAGGACGCGUUAGAGUGGGAGAGUUGCAUUAAAGCUCAUAAGAAACUGCAUACGCACCACCCGAAUACGUCUCGUAACUUGCCUGUUGAUGCGAGCUCGCCUUCUAUCCGAUGUUCAAACGUAAGACGGUCGCUCCGAAGUGGCUCCCAGCCGCGUCGAACGGAGCACGCCACUACCAAGAAAAGCAGCGAUUCAAUUUCUCUGCGAUCGCGUGCACGAACUCCUCGAGCUGGUUCGCAGGCACUUCAAGAACUCCAGCCACAGCAUCAAUCGACAACAUCGAAACGCACAACACACACCAAAGGGAAGUUACCUCGUGUAUCUCAGGCCGCAAAACACAAGAUUUUCAAGAAGCUCAACGCAGAAGCUGAUGCGGAAUCUAAGGACUUCGACAUAGAUAUAGAAGAUGCUCACACAGAUGCUUCAGGUACUCCAAGUGUUACUUCAUCACCGCGAAAGAAAUCGCAGGGCUCAAAGGCUGCCCCAGGCAAGAAAGCAACCGAGAGCAAGUCGAGGGCACGCAUAUCGCACAUCAAACACACGACAGAUGACGACGAAGACUUCAUACCAACUCAGACAAAGUCAAAGAAGAAGACCAAUCCCAAACGUAAAGCAGCACCAGACACUACGGCUGAGAGCAAACCGACAAAGAGGCCUCACAUACAGCCGAGUAAAGGUGUGAAGUCGAAUGCAACCGGUCCAAAACAGCAGGGUCAAACAAAUCCGCUUACGGAGCCACCGAAGUCAUUAUCGCCCGUCUUGCCAUUGCAGCACACCUUGAUCGGAGGGCUCCUGGGAAGUCAAAGACCCACAAACGUCUCUGAUCUCUCAUUCAAGAAGCCAACACUACCAGCAAGAAUUGCCCAAACUCCUUCGACCCCUACGAAGCCAAACAAGAAGCUCGUAGAAGCACUAUCACGGCCAAAAACCCCCAUGGAAGCACGAAGGCGUUUUGAUGACGAUGCUUUGCAGUACAUGGCAUCCUCACCACCACCCGUAGCCGACGAAUUCGAAGACAGCAACGAAUGGCACGAGGUUCUUGUUGAGACCGCAAUACUCUCUAGCAACAGCAAGCCUACCCCCGCGUCACCAAAUGCGGAAUCGACAGCGAUUUCUGGCCACGCGGAUUGCAACGACGUAGCUUCCGAGAAGAAGACUGGUGACUGGCAGAGGGCCCAAAAAGCGAUCCUUUCAGCCGGAGAAUCGACGAACGAAGAUGCUAGCCUGAACGCUGGCGUUUCAGACCGCAUGCCUGUCGCAAUCGUAAAUUCUAGCACAUCAAAAGCCGAAGCUUCAAUAGCAGCGAAUCAGCCACAUCCACAGAAGAUGCCUCGGGAAAAGAAGAAGCCAUAUCUUCCUGAGAUUGAUGCGAACAACUCGUGCACGCUUCCUAAAAAUCCAAGUCCCCGCACAUUCACAAAAGACGUCGAUGUUAUAUCGCAACAGAUUCCAGAUAUCAGGAACCGGGCGAAGCGGUCAUCUCGUCCGGUGCCAAAUACGAAGACGCAGCAAAAACUUGAACUAGUCCUUCAACAAGAUAACAGCGAUGUAGGCGAGUACACAGAGCAUUGCGACAUGCCAAAUGCGUCCACAACGCUGUCUAAAGAGACGAAAAUAACGCCAUCACUGCUUCGUAAUGAAAUUGCCGCAGAAAACGAUGUCACUCAACCGAUUUUGGUCCCCGACCAGCAAAUUGUCGACUUUACUCAGCCAACUAUUCGAGCUGGUCAGCAACCCACUGACGUCCUGCGAAACUCGAUUGAGGAGACUCAGCAAGCCAUGAAAUACCCGCAGCAGAUCACUGAGAAGAAUCAGCAAGUGGUUGAUGACCCACCUAUCGAGCAGGCACCUAACCAAGACCAUACAAAUCUUGAAGAUGAUACUCUCGUCGGCGAUGGCGAUGGCGAUGGCGAUCAGCAGGCUGACAAUGAACUCAUCGCUUCACCAGUAAACUUUCGCUCCUCCCCGCCACGCCCAGGCUCCUCUAGUAGUCAUAGCUCAACGUCCGCUGCGCCCGAGCCAUUGACUGAUCCACCCCUACCACGCUCGCAAGCUGAAGAGAUGGAGUGGGAAGCGAGUCUGCAGCCGCAUCAACGCGAUCUACAUGAACUGAUGAUACGUACUUCAAAGCGGGUCAUGCGACACAUCACUGACAACGAGGCUAGUGUGACUGACAUUGCGGAGACGUACGCGCAGGAUGGCGAGCAUGUACUCAACACUCUGCUUCAGCUACACAAAACCGACCAUGCGCACGUCUUCCAAGGCAUGGAGAGCACAAAGGCAAGUCUUCGGAAAAACCUCGAACGUGCUGCCAAACAAAUGGCAAAGGAGAGAAGACAGGUCAACACAAUUGCCUGA